AUUGUUUGACAAACAAGUGGUAGUGUCUUCGUUGGACUUGCGAUAGGAACUAGCCACUAUUUUAACAAACAAGUUGCAGUUGCGCAGCGUUUUCAACGAGACGAGACUUUGUCGGCGGGAACGGAUUUAAAGGGAGGCAUAACUUUAACAUGCGAAUUUUGGGAACGAUUCUUCUUUUCAAUGUUCUUCUUCUUGCGAAAGGAUUUAAAAUUCUUGUUCUCGUACCGUACAGCGGAAAGAGUCACUGGUAUGUCUUUCGUCCAAUUCUUGAGGAACUUGUGAAACGCGGAAAUGACGUGACAGUCGUUAGUAAUUUUCCUCGAGAAAAACCUCUUAAAAACUAUCACGAUAUCAGCAUCGCUGGACCACUGACUGUGUCUAGCCAUACUAAGAGCAUGAAUGUUAUUGGCUCACGUAGACCAGUGGAGGAGAUGAAGGUGAUUUUGAAUAAAGGAGUAGAGGAAGUGUGUCGUAAGGCUUUAGCGCAUCCAAAAGUUCAAGCCCUUAUUGAGUCAAACGUGACGUAUGACAUAAUUAUCAAUGAAGUAUUUAAUACCGAUUGUUUUCUUGGUUUCGUAUAUAAAUUCAAAGCUCCCUUAGUGGGGGUAAGAACGGCGUCCUUAAACCCGUGGAGUAACGACCGUAUUUGGAAUCCAGACAACCCAUCCUACAUACCAAAUUCAUUACUGGGAAAACCAUCGCGAAUGAAUUAUUUCGAAAGGCUUGAAAAUUUCGUAUGGCUCUGGUACUACAAGAUUCUCUAUAGGCAUUACGACCUUAUUUCUACCAACAUAGCAAGGGAACAUUUUGGCAAAGAUAUGCCAGAACUAAGUGAAAUCGCAAAAAACACUAGCUUGAUCUUGGUGAAUUCCCAUUUGGCAUAUCAGUACGCCAAACCGCAGGUUCCUGGCGUCAAGGACAUAGCUGGCAUUCACCUCGAACCUAAUAAAACCAUACCAAAGGAGCUCAAGGACUGGAUUGCUGGUUCUACCAAUGGAACAGUGUUCAUCAGUUUUGGUUCCAUGAUCAGGUCUUCGUCAAUAUCAGACUCCAAGAGGAAGGCCUUCUUCGAUGCUUUUUCCGAAUUACCAUUUCGUUUCCUUAUGAAAUGGGAGGCUGAUAAUUUGACGGAUGUACCGGAGAAUGUUAUGAAAUUUCAAUGGGCGCCACAGUAUGAUAUUCUUUGUCAUCCUAAGAUCAAACUUUUCAUAUCCCAUGGUGGUAUGUUGAGCACGAUAGAAGCACUGUAUGCUGGCAAACCAAUGAUCGUUAUUCCUGCUUUUGGCGAUCAGCAUACCAAUGCUGCUCUUUUGCAAGAAAAAGGAUUAGCUGUUGUUUUACAGUAUUCUGCAAUUACGAAGGAUGCUGUUAUCGAGGCAUUGAAAAAGGUUUUGUAUGAUUCCAGUUAUCAAAAAAAGGCUGAAGAAAUGUCGGAGGUCAUACGUGACCGUAUUGUUCCGCCUGUAGAAGAGGCUGCUUACUGGAUAGAAUAUAUUGGCAGACACAAAGGAGCACCAUUUAUGCAAAUUUCAGCUCACGGGAUGCCACUGUAUCAGUAUCUUCUCUUGGACGUGAUUGGUACACUUUUAAUUCUUGCGAUAAGCGUUGUACUGAUACUUUUUAUUUUUUUGAGACAAAUAUUUUGUUUUCUGUUCGAAACCUGGCGAAAGGUCAAUGAUAAAAAUGGCAAUGAGAAGAAGAAAAAUUGAUUGUAAAUUUUUAAUUGUUUUAAGUACGUAAAAGUAACUCUUGGUUCUACAAGCGAAUUGUAUACGGGAGUAGCGACCAAAGUGUGAAGUACACUCGUUCCUACAUAACAGUUGUUUGUGGUACCGCAAACUGGUGGUAUACUGUACCAGCAAGCCACAAUAGUACUAGGGCAACUAGCAGAAAUGCGUUGUAACAUAGUUUUACGCGUUAUUAAAUUUAAAGUAUUUCAACGAGCUUGUUAUAACCAAAGAUACAUAAAUUACCACGGAAUAGAUCGUUUAAAUAUUUACAAAUUUCAUAUUCGCAAACAAGCUACAAUUAAACCAAUGCAUUGUGCUGUCAUCAUAAAAAUAAAGUUAUACACAUA